AUGAUUUCUGCUUUAAAAAAACUUCCUGAUAUAUGGUCUUCAGCCUUAACGUCAGUUCGAUGGUUAUGCACUUCGCCAUCCUAUCCAAACAAUAAUUCUUCUGUUCCUCUCGUAGAACUGAGGAAUCGCCGCGAAAUCUUUGUCAAUAAACUGAACAUUUGCACUGAACAGCUGGUAAAUAGGCCUUCCUAUCACAUAGUUAUAAUACCAGCCUCAGAAAUACAGUAUAUGGCUUACCAUGUCCCAUACCCUUUUCACCAAGAUUCCAACUUCUUCUACUUCACUGGAUUAAGUGAACCAAAUGGAGUUCUGUUGUUUUGCACAGAUAAAACAGAAGAGCAUCGCGAUCAAAGUGGCUCCAAUUGGUCGACUCAUCUAUUCGUGGAGACUCAAAACAAACAUGCCGAAAUCUGGGAUGGUCCAUCUUUGACGCUAUCAGAAGCUUCUUUGGCAACUGGGGUUGAUAAUUCCCAUCCUUUGAAUGAAUUUAGUAACUUUUUGAACCAUCAAGCUUUAUUUGCGCAAUCCAUAUGUGUUUGGUAUAGUCCAUUAUCCUCCAAAAAUUUUGUUGAGCGCCCCUUAAAUAAGUUCGUUUUGAGAAAGAUUUUAGAAUUCUCCCGGCAAAUUGGCGACAAAAGUAUUAGUUUUGAAAAUCCAGACUACAUAAUCGACAGAAUUCGCUUUAUAAAAUCAAAUUAUGAACUAAGACAGAUUAAAACCGCGGUUAUUGCAGCGAUCGAGUCUCUUAAGUCGGCUAUGCAAAUUACACAACCAGGAAUCACGGAAACUGCUUUACAAGGUCAUAUAGAAUACCAAAUGCGCAGCCGAGGCUGUUCUGUCGGGUAUCCUCCUGUUGUUGCUGGAGGGAGUAGAACAAACAUCAUUCAUUACAUGAAAAACAAUAUGAGAAUUGAGAAUGGGGAAUUAGUUUUGGUGGAUGCUGGAUGUCGCUUUAACGGGUAUACGUCCGAUAUUACUCGAACUUGGCCAGUAAACGGAAACUUUUCGGCACCCCAAAAAGUUAUACAUGAAAUAUUAGUUGAUGUACAGAACUCAUGUGCAUCUUUAGCCUCUCCUGAACAAAGUCUGCAAGAUGUAUAUCAUCAUAUGCUGUCUGAAAUAGGACGACACUUAAUAAGUGAGGGGAUUAUCCCAGACCAGGACAAGUUGCAUGUUGCACAAAAGAUAUGUCCACAUCAUGUCGGACAUUAUCUUGGUUUAGACAUUCAUGAUACUCCUACGAUACCUAGUACAAAACGUUUCGAAGCAGGCGUUGUGUUCCCUUUAGAACCAGGUAUUUACUUUAGAGAUGAGUUGGCGAAACUGGGCGUUUCGAGAGACUUUCUGGGCAUCGGUAUGCGAGUAGAAGACGAUUUCGUCAUGUCAAAAACUGGCUGCGCUGAGAACUUAGAACACGUCAAAGAUGAUUUAUUAUUGGAAGAAGCCUAA